UACAGGGGCUGUACUUUGUUUAAAGGGCCUGUCGGCGAUCCCGUGAGGGAGGGGGGCUGGCGGGGGCGACUCCGACACUGACUCCAAAGGCGGUGUUUCUUAUUAAGCUAUUUUUACUUAUUUUAUUCGUCUUGCCCAUGUGGGAGUGGAGGCGUGCGGACCAGGGGUCGGGAUCGCUGCGGCGGUUGCGACGCGUCAUACCGUACGCGAAGGCUCGUACCCUGUUCCCCGCUGCCCCGGUCGCCUCUGGGGCACUUAACGACCAGUGCAAACUUUAAAAUCAUCAUCAUUCAUGGCGACUGAUCACCAUCGGCUCGCGUUUGCUAUAUAUGGCCGGAAUCAGAAAGGCUUAGGGACAGAUGGUGGUUGUGAGAAUAGUAGGACUUAACAAAGAGGAUGCGUGUUCCCUCUUUCUCUUUCUGCAUUUUACUGCCCUUUAAACUUGCCUUGUCUCCUGUGCUUCGCCCGCCCGCGUGCAUUGUGCGCUUCGUGAUACCUGCCCUGUGCCCGGUCGCCUUUUCGUUCCCACCUCGGUCACCAGGACGCCGCUUGUGUGCGACCUUGUAUGUCCAGGAACACAGAGAUGCGUGCUUAAAAAUAAUUUGGGGAAAACAAAACAACUUACAGAGGAAUACCGAAGCACUGGUCGCCAGUGGUUGCUGCUGGAAUAUAGACAAGAGAUGGACCCUAUAACGGUGUUUACAUGCUAGUAAACGCGUGUGGCGACCGGGACAACAACUGACACUGGCGUUCAGACGCCAGUAUUAUUACCAGUAUUUCCAGUAAUAAUAUAAUAUCAGUCUUUAUAUAUAAUAUGCACAGCCCUGAGCGGUAUUACAUAAUGCUAUUCAUGUUACAUGAGCUCAGUAUGAAUGCGACCGCUCGCCUCUCCAUUGAUCAGAUGUGUAACGAGUUUUCGGCACACAAUUUUACAUGUGUGUGAAUAGAAGUGUUUGCAGACGUGUUAGUGUUUGGGUGUCACCCCACGCUUUGUUUGCACUUUUAGCGUAACACACGCCGCCGCUGUUCGGUAUUCAGUGAUCAUCUCCUUUGCCCGUGGGUUCCUCAGCCUCGGGGCCAGACAAAGUUGUUUCCUACAUGCUUUCCAUCAUUUCCACGAGGAUUUUAGGAGCAAAUAUGCGGAGUGUGUAUGCGAAAGUGGAGUGCCUGGAAAAAAAAACAGGCGGGAUUUUGCAUGGCAAUGCCCUGCUUUUAAUUGUCGAUUACUUGUUUCUGUAAAUUAUAUUUUCUUUGAUUGCAUUGUAUUGAUUACAGGUUAAAUGUCCUGCUUGUUGAGAUUCGCACUAAUCACUGAAAUGGUUGAGUUAGGCUGAAAUGAAGCCUAAAUCGGUGUUGAUUGCGGCUUGUUAAUAGGUCGCUUGUUUCAUUUUCUGUCACAGCUUUUCGGAUGUUUUUUUUUUUUUGUGCCCCCAGUAACUUCAGUAGGACGCAUUCAAACCCCCACCACUGAGCUGGAUGUUUGGUCUUUGAGUGAUUAAAAACGGAUAAGGGGGUGUAUCUGUGGUCACCUCUGUUGGCCCCAAGCCUUGUUUCCAGCUAUUUAAAGAUCGUACAUUUUCACUGACGAGGCAGGAGUGCGUCUGUCUGCUGGAAAAUGAAUCAGAUGCAUGCUGUCGCUUCACACUCACGAUUUCUGGCCUCAUCGCUGAUGAGAAGCUCUUUGUGUGUCUGGUCCCGUACAAACCUGAGUGUCCAGUUCAUUAUAUUAUUUUAAGAAUUAUUUGUUACUUCUACUUGCUACUUUACUCUUGUCAAUUUGAUCGCUGUUAUCUCUGCAAGAGCGUCAAACAGGAUGUCCAAGCGACGCGCUUCGGAGAGGGGGGCCGGGGAGCACUCGGCCAGGCCCAGCAAGCUCCUGUGUCCCGGGGUCUCUGGAAGCAACGCCAAGCGAGCAGGACCCUUUAUUCUCGGGCCCCGGCUGGGUAACUCGCCCGUCCAGAGUAUCGUCCAGUGCUUGGCGAGGAAAGACGGCACAGAUGACUUCUAUCAGCUGAAGAUCCUGACCCUGGAGGAUCGUGUGGACGCAAUGGCAGAGACGCAGGAGGAGCGACAGGGCAAGAUGCUGCUGCACACAGAGUACUCGCUGCUCUCGCUGCUGCACAAUCAGGACGGCGUGGUCCACCAUCAUGGCCUCUUCCAAGACAGAGCCUACGAGAUCGUAGAGGACCCCGAGUCCAACAAGCACCGGAAGAUGAAGAAGCGCAUCUGCCUGGUACUGGACUGCCUGUGUGCCCACGACUUCAGUGACAAGACAGCCGACCUCAUCAACCUGCAGCAUUACGUCAUCAAGGAGAAACGGCUGAGCGAGCGCGAGACCAUCGUCAUCUUCUACGACGUGGUGCGAGUGGUUGAGGCGUUGCACAAGAAAAACAUCGUGCACAGAGACCUGAAACUCGGAAACAUGGUGCUCAACAAAAGGACCCACCGGAUAACCAUCACCAACUUCUGCUUGGGGAAGCACCUGGUUAGCGAAGAUGACCUCCUGAAGGACCAGAGGGGUAGCCCCGCCUACAUCAGUCCUGACGUCCUAAGCGGCCGACCAUACCGCGGCAAGCCCAGCGACAUGUGGGCCCUGGGGGUGGUGCUGUUUACCAUGCUGUACGGCCAGUUCCCGUUCUACGACAGCAUUCCUCAGGAGCUCUUCCGCAAGAUCAAAGCUGCAGAAUACACCAUCCCAGAGGAUGGGCGUGUGUCGGACAGCACAGUGUUCCUGAUCCGAAAGCUGCUGGUUCUGGAUCCCCAGCAGAGGUUGACUGCCACCGAGGUGCUAGAGUCCCUCAGUGCCAUCAUUGCCUCAUGGCAGUCUGUAUCCUCUCUGAGUGGCCCCCUGCAGGUGGUGCCAGACAUUGAUGACCAGGUGAACCACCCUGAGCAUCUCCAGGAGGCCAAGGUCAUGGAGGAGUCCUCGCAGUACGAGUUUGAGAACUACAUGAGGCAACAGCUGCUGCUGGCGGAGGAGAAGAACACUAUCCACGAGGCCAAGAGCUUCCUGAGCAAGCGGCCGUACAGCGGCAGCGUGCCACCCGUACGGCGCCUUGGCCACGACGCCCAGCCCGUCAGCCCGCUGGACGCUGCCAUCCUGGCCCAGCGCUUCCUGAGGAAGUAGCCCCCAUCCGCUACUCCCCACCCUUCUCCGGUACCCCUACUUAGAAGUCCCGCUAGCCACAAACUCCAUAUUCAGCCCUGUGCCGCAGAGAAGUAUGCUCUGGCCUUGGGGGCGGUUGGGGUUUUGGGAACGUUCAGGGGGGUGGGGGUGGACCCAAACAUGGACUCCAUGCCUGUCCCCAUGGAGGGGGCUAAAGCAGGGCUCGGCCUAGACUGGGGUGAGGACCUCGCUCCGCCCCCGCCCCCCGCCCCUGGCUACGGACAGCGUGGACCCCACCCCCUGCCUGGUGUCACGCUCCCCCUAGGAAGCUAAAGGCCCCCCACCCCAAGAUCGGCCGCAACACCCAGAGCAAUAGAGCGUUCCACAGCGGAAUCGCGUAGCAACUGGUCUCCAGAGCUUUUACAGGAAGGAGACCACCCCCCCCCCCUCUCCCCCAGCUCUCAACAUUGUUCUGCCACGUGCAGAAACCUUUGUGUGUGUGUGUACGUGUCGUCCCCCCGAUUUCUUUAACCAAAACAGUCUGGAUCGGUCCUGAAACUGACUUUCAGAUCUACCUCUUUCCGUCUUUUAUCUGAGGCUGUUUUCAGUUGUCUGUACGAGGACGUUGUGAAUCUGGCCUGGAGAAGCAUUACAUUUUUUUUUUUUUAAACAUCCCUGGUGCGUAAAUAUAGUGUGGGAGGGUGACCCUUUGGUGGCACUCUCCCUAAAAUCUGAAUAAGCUUGACGGUUUUUUUUUCUGCCAGUUGAUAAAAGUAGCAUUUAAUUUCCUCUUUGUUUUUACCGCCGGCCACAUCUGUUCUGGUCACUGACAGCUUCUGGUUUCAUAAUAGCAGAAUGCACGUUCUGUCCCACCUGGUAGGAUUCUAACCCUCUUCGAAUUUAGGCAGCUAUCCUCACAUGCCCCAAUCAGGGAUGCCAUGGUCUGGACUGAGGUUGGGUAUCGGUCGUUCUUUGGAUUUGAUAGGUGGCUUUGAGUCAUGUGACUUUCAGGCAUUGUCCAGAGGAUACCCAACAUUGCUAAGCAUGGCUUAUUUCUGUACUGUUUCCAGUUUUUUGUUUUCUUUGGAACAAUAAUCAGCCAGCAUGAUCUAUUUUAUUUGUGAUAUUUAUAGCCAAAUACGGAGCUCCUUUGUAAAGUUGUGGUUUGCCAAGGAAUGCCUCUCUCUGUCUUUGUGGCUUUGUGCUGUUUGACAGACAUUCCUUUGUUCUCUCGCAUCACGGUACAACUGCAGCAUGCUAAUAUGAACGGAAUCCGCGUGGCAGCGGCACGGCGGCUCUGCUCCCUGACCCCACGGUGCCCCCACACAUCUUUGUAGCCUGGUUUCCACAGCCAAUGCGUUCCGAACCCGGUGCCUUUCUCUACCCAAACCCGGGGCUAGUUCCAGUCUCGGGCGCUUAGAGGUCGAAACUCAGGCGAGGUCGCCCCCUGAUCUGGCCUGCUGGUUUGGACCACUUAAGUAGCACACUGGGAGGGGUACCCUUCCCCUUCCACCCUCAGUCAUUAAGAAUUGUGGGUCUAGGGCAGGGGCUUUGUUGGAUCAGCCACCUGGGAGAGGUGCUGGUGCAGUGCUUGUGAACCAGUGUCAGAAAUCCAAGCAGGUCCAUCAUCUUCCUGUCCCCCCUGCAUGCGCACACAAGCCGUACUGUAGUUCUAACCCAUCUUGUGAUUUGUCCUUUUCCAUGUUUCGUACCCCUCUUGCCAUAUCUAAAGUAAUUACAACUUUUCAACCCAUUAAUUAUGAUUACUUACCAGUAGAUUAAUAUCCUUUUUAUUUAAGGCUUCUGUUUGGUGAAGGUCCUGUCCGUUAGGGGGUGCUGCGAUGAUACGUGAGGGGUGCAGUAUCUUCCAGAACCUUUCAAGCUAACCGCUUAAGAACAGGACACCCUAGUAGUGGUCUAGCUUACCGUAAACUCUGUAAUAUAGGUAUAUAUGCUUUAGUGCAUUUCUGUGACAAAGCAAGACUGACAAAAAAACACAAGAGGAAAGUAUAGGCUCUUGUGAUUAUUUUUUUUUUUAUUAUUUUCUGUUUUCUCCCCCGUUUUCUGUCUUAAGCUUCUGAUUAUAUUUAUUCAUUAUGUCAUAAACCUGUAGGUGUUGUCUCCCCCACCCCCCCACGAGCGUUGUGUCAACUCCCACCGUUACGUCUUCAUUAAUUGCUGUGAUUUCCGCUUUGACUUCAGUUAUUUUUUUAAAUUGUAUAAAAAGGUUGCCACAAGCCAGUGGCUAAUUAAGCUACACUAAAAGUCUGCGUAGAUCUAUUUUUUUAAGGAAAUAUUUCGCAUGAUUUGUAGAACGUACCGGAUUCAUUUUGGUGCCGCACUCUGCUAGCGUGUAUGUGUGUGCGCGGUGCGUGCGUGCGUGCAGAACCUGACAGCAGCCGGCAAACAUUGUGCAAACUAGUGACUUGCCAUCUUGCAAAAAAAAAAAAAGUAAUCUAGUAUGUAGGCAUCCAUGUCCCUUUAACACAGGGGUGUGUGCUCAUGCGGAGUUAUGCUGCCACCUAGUGCUGAAGCUGCGACAUGAACCUCUGAGUACUGAGCAGUAUUGUAGGUGUGUCUUGAACACUUGAGACACUUUUUUUUUUUCUUCUUAAAGAACCAUGACCGCAAAUGGUCAUCCUUUCAAACCGUGAGUAUGUGCCCACCGAGAGCAGACUCUGCAUAGGCACAGCCUGCUUUUAAUACCAUCUUAUUCACCUGCAUACACACACAUGCACUCCUACCCACAUCUGGAGAGGACUGUCGUGUGCUCACCCACCCCCCAUAAAGUCGCGUCGUAUGUCAGGCGAGGUCGGGAACAUUUUCUGAAGCACCUUUUUACAGCAUGAGAAUUAUGUUGUUGAGCUCCACGUUUAAGAUAUGAUCUUUGCAUGCUUUUGACCUGCAAGGUAUGGCUAUGAAUCUGACUAAAGAGGACUGUGUGGAUUCAGUUUGCAAAUACACUGCAAAACCUGGGGUGUAGGGAGCUGCCUCUGUCAGUAAUGGGAAAGGAUGUGGCUUUGUUAGGGGAGGGGCAUGUAAAAAAAAUUUUUGCCCUCCCCCCCCACACACCCCUUUUGCAGUGUAAAGUUGACAUGCCUCAUGUUUAAACUGGAAAUCUGAUCGUGUCGUUGGAAGACUAAAGCAGACGGGUUUUAAGCGCAGUGCAGUAAGCCGUUCGGUUGGUAUCAAAGCUGAAACUGGGUAAUUGUAUAGAGAUGAAAAAAACAAAUUUGUAUAAAAGACAUAUUUUUGUACUUCAUCAAAUCUCUACAUGCAUGUCAGCAAUAAAUAAAUAAAAAAAAAUGCAACUUGUCAGUC